AUGCCCAGAAUAAUUGUUGUUUUGAUUUUUAUCCUGCACUUUGGUGACGACAUCUUUAUGACAGAGGAGCAGAAGAAAUAUCAUGAAGCCAUGAAGAAACUAGGCUCGAAGAAGCCGGUGAAGCCUAUCCCAAGGCCUACGGUAUGUAACGCAUAAAUGGCAUUCAGUUAUAGCCAUACCCUCAUGCUACUCUCUAGUAUUUUGAUUCAUUACGUCUUUCUAGUCCAAGACUAAAUUUACUCUCUACAUAAGCACCUUCAAUAAAUAAGUUGCUGAUUAUAAGGAAUACAUAAUUUGAUCAAUGAUCAUUUGUGUUGAAAGUGCAUUUUUAAUGUAUAGAAUUUCAAUGUCAAUCUUUUGACCAAUGAUUGUGUGAUACAUUUAAUGUACAAGUAAUAAUUCAAUUAUGUUAUGGGGCUAGAGUCCGCAAGGCCUGCUCUGAGUAUACCACAUACACAGUGACAUUAGAAUGUGUGACUUUGCCAUGACGUCAUCGUUGACCCACAUUAACCUUUUCUACACAACAUUGGCUUUAACAGACUUAAUGGAAUUUGUGUUUGUCUCUCCCCUGCUCUCCCUCUCGCCCUCUCUUCCAUGUGACCCUCGGGCCCCUACAGAACAUGAUUCAAGGCGCUGUAUUUGACUUCAUCACUCAGCAGUUCUUUGACAUCUUCAUCAUGGUCCUCAUCUGCCUCAACAUGGUCACCAUGAUGGUGGAGACGGACGACCAGAGCGUGGAGAAGGAGGACGUCCUCUACAAGAUCAACCUGGCCUUCAUCAUCGUUUUCACCGGCGAGUGUCUGCUCAAGAUGUUUGCCCUUCGCCAUUACUUCUUUACCAUCGGAUGGAAUAUCUUUGAUUUUGUCGUGGUAAUCCUGUCCGUAGCAGGUAUGUACCUCAGGAUCCUUUAUACUGUAUACCUUAUUGUAUACUGUACAUAUGAUAAGUCAUAGACAAGUUAUAACAGGGUUGGGGUCAAUACCAUUUAAAUUCAAGUCAAUUCAGAAAGUAAACCAAAUUCAAAUUAAAACAUUUCACACUGAAAAGCAUUGAAGAGAAUUGGAAUUGGAAUUUCAGUGUACUUCCUGAAUUGACUGGAAUUGAAAUUGACCCCGGAAUUGACCCCAACCCUGAGUUAUACUAUAGGUUUUGUUAUCAGACAAGAUUAGUUAUUUCAACAGUAGAUGGAGAGGUGUGAUUGGUCAUUAACCAUUGUUUAUCUAAUUUCCUUUCAGGUAUAAUGCUGUCGGACAUCAUAGAGAAGUACUUUGUGUCACCCACCUUGUUCAGGGUCAUCAGGCUGGCUAGGAUAGGCAGGGUCCUGCGUCUCAUCAAAGGUGCCAAGGGCAUUCGGACGCUGUUGUUUGCGUUGAUGAUGUCACUCCCUGCCCUGUUCAACAUCGGCCUCCUGCUCUUUCUCAUCAUGUUCAUCUUCUCCAUAUUUGGCAUGUCCAACUUUGCCUACGUCAAAAAACAGGCGGGCAUCGACGACAUCUUCAAUUUCCAGACGUUCGGCAGCAGUAUUAUCUGCCUGUUUGAGAUCACCACCUCUGCGGGUUGGGACGGUCUUCUGCUGCCAAUUCUAAACAGUGGUCCUCCGGACUGCGACCCAGACAUUGAGAACCCGGGCUCGGACGUGCGGGGCAACUGCGGCAACCCGGGCAUGGGUAUCAUGUUCUUCUGCAGUUACAUCAUCAUGUCCUUCCUGGUGGUGGUCAACAUGUACAUUGCCAUCAUCCUGGAGAACUUCAACACGGCCCAAGAGGAGAGCGGGGACCUGCUGUGCGAGGAUGACUUUGUGAUGUUCGACGAGACCUGGGAGAAGUUCGACCUGGAGGGCACGCAAUUCAUAGAAUAUGCCAAGCUGUCAGAGUUUUGCGACACCCUGCAGGAACCCCUGCGUAUCGCCAAGCCCAACCGGAUCAAGCUGAUCUCCAUGGACCUGCCCCUGGUCACGGGCGAUAAGAUUCACUGCCUGGACAUCCUGCUGGCUGUCACCCAGGAGGUGCUGGGCGAAGGGGUGGAAAUGACGGCCAUGAAGGUGAGCAUCGAGGCCAAGUUCAACAUGAACAACCCCACGACAGACUCCUACGAGCCCAUCACCACCACACUGCGGCGCAAGGAGGAAGAGGCGGCAGCCGUGAUCAUCCAGCGGGCUUACCGCAAGCACCUGCUCAAGCGCUCCAUCCUGCAUGCCUCCUUCAUGCACCGCUCCAAGAGGCAGAUAAGGCGGGAGGAGAACGAGGAGCCCCCGGAGACGGAGGGACUUCUUGUGCGAAAGAUGAACGUGCUCUAUGGGAGCAACCUGGACCUUGCUGCAGAGAUGGAAUUGGCUGGGUUGCGAGCACAACCCGUCUCGGUCCCUGUGGUGUCCAAUCGGCCAUCGGACCUCCCCAAGCAAACACAUCCCACCAGGCCGGAGCCUGGCAAACCACUCCUCUUGGUGGUCCCUGUAGAGUUCACCAGUGAGGUGGUGUUACACUCAGCCCCUGUGACGUCUGAUCCACCAUUGGACCUCCCCGAGCAAACACAGCCAUCAGGGUCGGAGCCCACAGGGCCGGAGCCUACCUGGCCGGAACCUGCUGGGCCGAACCUCUUGGUGGUCCCCGUAGAGGUUACCAGUGAGGUGGUGUUACGCUCCUCCCCC